CAGAACUUCCUGGAGGUGAGACAGUGAGAGCAAUGUCUGUGUGUGCAGUGCUGCUGGUCCUGGCUGUUCUCCCCUCGGCAGAGAGUAGCUUUCGUUUUGCUUCGUAUUAUGGCGAUCACAUGGUCCUGCAGAAAGCGCCAUCUAAAGCCGUUAUUUGGGGCUACGGAGAGGUUGGAGCGACUGUGACGGUAUCGCUCUACAAAGAUCUGGACACGGUGACCAAAAAGUCCGUCUUCAUAAAUGAACCUGAGGCAGUUUGGAGAGUGGUUCUAGAUCCAAUUGAUCAUGGAGGACCGUAUCAGUUGGUCGCUACUCAACAUUACGAGGGAGAAAUUACGUACAUCAUGCUGACAGACAUUUUAUUUGGCGAUGUGUGGCUGUGCGGGGGGCAGAGUAAUAUGGAAAUGACUGUGGCGCAGAUAUUUAAUGCCAGCAAAGAAUUUAAAAAAGCGGUUCAUUACCCCAAUGUUCGACUCUUUACAGCAGCGCUGGAAACCUCACCAACGGAGCUGGAAGAUCUCGCCAAGGUGGACUUACAGUGGUCUUUGCCAACCCCCGAAAACCUUGGAAAUGGAAACUUCACCUAUUUCUCGGCGGUCUGCUGGCUGUUUGGCCGUCACUUACAUCGCAGACUGAAAUAUCCAAUCGGAUUGGUGGAGUCUGUGUGGGGAGGAACGCCCGUAGAAGCCUGGUCCUCAAAACGAGCUCUGUCCAAAUGUGGCCUGAAGCCAACUGAAUGCACGAUGGACAAGUUUUAUUACGCUGGGCCAUGUACGUUUUCCGUCCUGUGGAACGCCAUGAUCCAUCCUUUACUCAAUAUGACUAUUAAAGGAGCCAUCUGGUACCAAGGGGAGCAGAACACGGUGACGGACACAAAUCUCUAUAACUGCACGUUCCCCGCUAUGAUCGAAGAUUGGAGACAGUCCUUCCACGAAGGUUCCAGCGGACAAACCGAUCAACACUUUCCCUUUGGAUUUGUUCAGUUAUCCACAAAUCAAAAGAGCAAAGAGCUAGAUAACUUCCCGAUCAUACGAUGGCAUCAAACCGCCGACUAUGGCUUUGCGCCCAACCCAAAAAUGGUCAACACUUUCAUGGCUGUCGCGAUGGAUCUGGGGGACGAACGCUCUCCAUACGGCUGCAUUCACCCGCGGGAUAAGCAAACCGUGGCAUACAGACUGUAUUUGGGGGCGAGAGCUAUUGCUUACGGUGAUAAGAUUUCAUUUAGAGGGCCGUUUCCAGAGAAAAUGGAUGUGGAUUAUUCCGCUUCAUACAUCAAUAUCACAUACGAUCAGGAAAUCUUAGUAACUCCUUCUAACCAGAGUUUAUUUGAGGUGUUAUGUAAGAAUACUGUGAAUGAAGAUGGCGAGGACUCCGUUUACUGGGCUCCGGCUGCCUUAAUGUCGACGUUGCCCCGCGUUGUUACCGUAUCGUUUAAACAAUGUGUGCAGAUUUCUGGGAUUCGCUACGCCUGGAUCGACUGGCCGUGUGAAUACAAAGACUGUCCCAUUUAUAGCAGCAAUGGGAGACUGCCUGCACCUUUAUUCAUAAAGUAUAUUCAGCAAGAUUAAAUUAGCAUUUAACUUUUUUUUUUUCGACGAUACUUAAUGUCCUCUUUGUCCUUAUGGACGUUAAUGAAAUUUGACUAAAUUCACCUUCAGAUUUGUGUAAAUGGAAUUUGUAUGAUUUACCAGGGACAAGCAUGAUGUAAAUGUUUGUACAUAUUGUAAUUUGAGCACACGGAAUCUAUAUUGAAGAAAUUUAUUUUUGUAAAUGGUGUAAUAUUAUAUAAAGACAAUCUGUGCCAUUUAA